AUGAGCGAUCCAUGCGAGUGCUUCUUCGAUCAUGAAUCAGCUAUGCAGAGACUUUUGGCGAUGCUAAGAAACUCUCAAGCGGACUGCACUGAUACUGGAUGUGACAACGAUGGAUUGAGUCGUGAAGGUGGAAAUCCAAUGAUUUUGUGGACUCUUUUGUGGACAUUUAUGGCUAUGGCACUCUAUGUUAUGAGACCAAAUUCAAUGAGAUCCGGAGGAAGAACGCCAGAAGAUGCUGCCAUUGAGAAACCAUCUGGAAGUGCUGGAAACGAUGACAAUACUCCACCACCACCUCCGCCAUCUGCUAUGUGA